AUGGUCAAUGAAUUCCUUUUUGUUUGCCUCUCUCUCGCUCGCUCUCACUGUUUUUUCCCCUCCAUCCCUAUGUCUCGCAUUGCCGCACACACACAGGUGAAUCCUUCUCGAAAAAGCAUCAAUUACAUCAUCAUCAUUUAUACAGUUAACGCUGUCGUCAGUACUGCCUUCCAUCUCUCUCUGUCUGAAGCUGCCCUUAUAGCCUCAGCCAGCGUCAUUUCAAUCCACUUUUUAAUACCAUCAAACGAAGAUAUUGGUGGUCGUUUCCGGCGCUUGUCUGCGACCAGAAUUGGCCGAGAGGAUCUAUCUAUCUAUCUAUCUAUCUAUCUAUCUAUCUAUCUAUCUAUCUAUACAUGCACACACACAGACAUGUGCAUGUUUUUCUUUGUUUCCCUCUCACACACGCAUUUCCAUUCCUUCUCUUAUGCCCAGUCUCUCAACGACAGUUUAUUGUUUUAUUUAUAUGACUACAAGGAAGGCAUUCAUUUUGUUCAUUUCUUUUUAUGGAAUAUUUGA